CAUGGAUACAAUGUGUCCGAUGAAUAACAGACCGGUGGACAUACUGAACGUGUCCGGAUGGUCGGGAUGAGGAUUGUCAGGUCGAGGUGGAGCAGUACAGAAACGUCGUCUUGUGCUUGCGAUUGCGAUUGAAACCUCCCAGGCAAAACACUGGCUACACGUUGACAGCUAGAAACACACAUCUGUAUAAUGAUCUGAACCGAAGGCCAUGAUACCAGAGCCCACAGCUUCAGCUGACACAACGCCCUCAGACCGCAAUGUAAACGCUGGCAUGCAGGUGAACUGCUCUGGAGCUGUCUGUCAUUCAGGAGAUGAGUCUGGAAAUGAGAACAGACAGAAGAGUGUGAGAGGGAAGAAACGGGCUCGUGAGGGCUCGGAGAACGUAAAGCGCAGCCAUGCCAAGGCCUGCCGAGGCAACGGUAACCAAACAGGAGGCGGCCGUGGGAAACGGAGGCCGGUCGCGGCUGUCACCCUGUUUGAGGUGGUCACCAUGGGCAAAAGUGCCAUGCAGGCGGUGGUGGAUGACUGGAUCGAGGCGUAUAAGACAGACAGAGACACGGCUAUUCUCGAUCUUAUCAGCUUCUUUAUCCAGUGCUCCGGGUGCAAAGGGGUGGUCACGGCAGAAAUGUGUCAGAACAGAGCCGACAAUGAGGUCAUGAGCAAAAUGGUUGAGGAACUGGAUGAGAGGGCUGGUCUGCAGUAUAAGAAGUUUUUGGCCUUUCCGUGGAUCUUGACAGUCACAUGGCCUAUGGACAUGGGCAGUGUGGAGUAUCCUCUGAUCCAGUCUGGCCCGUACGGCCGCUGGUUCCACUCGGAGUUCUGUGACUUUGUGUCGGUGUUAGUGUCUCGGUGUCAGUACAGCGUCAUCUUUGACAGUUACCUGAUGAACGGCCUCAUUUCUCUGCUCGUCGAACUGUCCGAUUCCUACAUACGAGCCUUCAGACACACCUGCACGCUGGCUGCUGUCAAGCUGCUGAGCUCUCUGGUAAAUGUGGCUUUGAACCUGAGUGUUGGUGUGGAGAACAGCCAGAAGCUUCAUAAGGUGGGGAAGACCAAAACCAGUGGAAAGCAAAACGCAAUGCAACAGGGCAGACUGCAGAAGAAGAUCGCUGAGCUGCAGGAGAAGAAGAUGGUGAUAGACAACAUGAUGGACGCUCUCUUCAAAGGAGUUUUCCUCAAGCGAUAUCGCGAUGUGUUUCCUGAAAUCCGUGCGAUGUGUGUGGAGGAGCUGGGUGUGUGGAUGAAGCGCUACAGCUCUGAAUUUCUCACUGACAGCUACCUGAAGUACCUGGGCUGGAUGAUGUUUGACAAGGUGCCGGAUGUGCGUGUGAAAUGUGUGUUGGGUCUACAGGGCCUGUAUGGAGAUCCUCUGCUGCUCCUGAAACUAGAUCUGUUCACCUGUCACUUCAAGGAGCGGAUGAUCUCCAUGACUCUGGAUAAGGAUAAUGAGGUUGCAGUGCAGAGCUUGAAACUCCUGGUCCUCAUCUCUAAGUCAUGCAAUGACAUGCUGAAACCAGAGGACUACGAGCAGAUGGUCCAGUUCGUGUACUCGUCACAGCGUCCUCUGGCCACGCUUGCUGGGGAGCUGCUUUACUCCAGGCUUCUCAGUGUCACAGUCCCGGAGUCCGGGUCUCAGGACGGACUGAAUGAGGAAGACUCGCAUGUUCAGCAGACGACAGCCAGACUGAAGGCACUGUUGGGUUUCUACCAUAAGUCUGAGCUCCACACGCAUGUGGUUUACCUGGUGGAUAGUCUUUGGGACUGUGCUGGAGACCUGCUGAAGGACUGGCCCACCAUCACCUCAAUACUGCUGCAGAGCCCUUCACGGCUAAAUUCAGGUCUGACUCAGGUGGAGGAGGCGGUGGUGGUGGAGAUCCUGGUCGCAUCUCUUCGCCAGGCUGCCGAAGGUCCGACGCUGGUCGGGAGGGCCGGAGGCAGGAAGGUCAUGACCGCCAGAGAGAAGAAGACUCAGGUGGAUGACUGUACUAAACUCACUGAGCAUUUCUUCACUGCCCUCCCCAAGCUGCUGUCCAAGUUUUCCAGGAGCUCAGACAUUGUAACCUCUCUGAUGAAGAUUCCUCAGUUCUUCCUCCCCGAGUGUCCUGCUGUUGAAAAUACACAGCUGGUAUCUGACCUGAUGGCUGAAAUGGGAACUGUUUUGGACCACCACUCAGGCCCUGCAGUUCUGGAAGCUGCAGCUCGGACCUAUGCCACUAUGUGUGGGGAGGAGACGGCGCGGCACCAGAUGGCCUGCACGGCCAGAGACUCUGUGGUCCAGUGUUGGAUGGACAGACUGGCGGCACUGUUAGAGGACUCGCUAAAGGGGGACCGCUUCUCUGCGGACAAGGAGAAAACGGAGAAAAUCUUAGCCACGCUUAGGAAGCUCAGGGUUUUUUACAAUGGUCAUGACCUCUCCAAGUGGAAUCUGUGUGAGCUGCUGGGUCCUCUGGUCUCGCUGGACAGCAUCGGAGAAAUCCCAACUCCGGUGUUGUUGGAGGCCCUGCAGUGUUUGUGCUAUUGUCUCCUGUGGAACCUCAACACCAGCGGGGAAACUUUAACCUCCAGGGAGAAGGCUCUGGCUCAGAGAGCUCAGCUGAGUUUGUUCUGUGAGAGAAGUCAUCGAUGUCUCUCCCACGCCGACCACCGUGUGAGGGAACAGGCUUUCCUGGGGGUGUGUGACGUCCUGACGGCUCAUUCCUACCAGCUCCAUGUGUGGGACCCCUGCUCGCAUGGUCCGCUGCGCUACACGCCAAACCCCAAACUACAGAGGGUGCUGCUGAGCUUCGUACUGGAGUGUGUCUUCAUUGGUCCAGAUAGUGACAGUCAGAGUAGAGUCAGUGAAGAUUCAGAAGUGGAGAAGUUGGAGCACCUUCACAAGCGGAGGAAUCUGCUGGCAGCCUUCUGUAAACUCAUCAUGCAUGGUGUGUUGGAGAUGAGCGUGGCUGCCGAGGUCUUCAUGUACUACACCAAGUUUUAUAACGACUUUGGUGACAUCAUCAAAGAGACCUUGUACAGGACCAGACAGAUGGACAAGAUAGAAAGUGCUCACACGCUGGUGCAAUGUCUGCAGCAGCUGUUUGUGCGUCUGAAGCAGGAGCAGGAGAGCGGUGGGCGGGCUCACCCCGGCGUCCAGACCUUCACCAGCAUCAAGGAGCUGGCCAGGCGCUUCUCACUCACCUUUGGGGACCCACUCAAGUUCCGCGAGUCCAUUGUCAUGAUCCACAAGAAUGGUAUAGACUUUGUUUUCCAAGGUUUCAUCCAGACUCCAGAUGCAUCUUAUCCAGCGUACUUGUCCUACCUGACUAUCCUCAGCGAGUUCUCCAGCAAACUUCUCAAACCAGACAAGAAGACAGUUUACUCGUUCCUGCAGAAGAAUACUGUAGAGCACAUCAUCAACCUGAGAGAGGAAUGCUGGCAGCCACUCAUUUACUACAGAGCUUCCCUGUUGGCUGCAGCUGAAGGGGAGGAUGUUGUGUCAUACGUCAGCUCUGACAGGAGGCCCUACUUGCCCAACCGCUCCCCUUUCUACAAACAAAACUCCCUGCUGGAUGGAAACAAGUCUCCAUGCCCGCUGAGCCCCGUUGAAACAAAAGUUAUAAAGAGCCAGAAACGCAGCUGUAGUUCCAGCUCUCUGGAGAAGAUGGCCGAAUCAGAUCCAUUUUCCUUCACAUUAGAACCUCCUGCCCAGAGGCUGAGGUAUGAGGAACUCAUUCACUGUUCCAGCAAGGACGUGGAUGUGGAUUCUCUGGUAGUGGUCGAUGUGUGACCUGAAGUCCGCCAAGGUUCAGAGGCAUCGGCCAUCUUGGUGGGACUGGAUCUCCUCAAACAUGGAUAGACUUCUUGGAGGUCGUUGUCAGAAAUGCAUUCCCUCCUCAGCAUCCAAAAACUGGAGUCCGCUUCUUUUUUUGCUCCCCUCCCCUUCUCUCCAGUUGUUAUCCGGCCAAUUACCCCACUCUCCCGAGCUGUCCCGGUCGCUGUUCCACCGCCUCUGCUGAUCCGGGGAGG